AUGGGGAACUUGUGGUCGGCCGCCGCAGAACCUCCACCGCGUAUGGUGUUAGUUCCGCCGCUCUUCGAUUUUCCUCCUCUCUCUGCCCGUACAAGGAUGCUGGAAUCAUCGUAUAACAUGUUAUUUGGGAAACUGGCAUUGAGAUGCCUUUUUGAGGAUUAUUUCGAGGAAGCUAGGCACUUUAGCACCAGGAUUAUGCUUAAGCCAAUUGAUGAUCCACACGUUGAUUUGAUUGCAACUGUUGAAGGCCCACUUGACCACAAACCUGAAGAGAAAAUUGUAGGAAAUGCACAAUUUCGUUGGCAAAGUGAUGUUGAGGAUCCACAUACCUUUGUCGACCUUUUCGUAUCAAAUGAUGAUCCGAUCCUGCUGAUGAGAUCAUGUGCAUUCUACCCUAAAUUUGGGUUUGGAGCUUUUGGCAUUUUCCCGGUGCUUUUAAAGAAUAGAGUAUCUUCAAAAGAUUAUGGAAUCAUGGGUUUGAGAUAUGGCUCAUCAAAUCUCUCAGUUGGAGCUACUCUUAUGCCUUUCUCUU